AUAUGUCGUCGUGUCUUGACGCCUUGCAGCACAACGUGCAUUCACCUCCCAGUGAUCGGAUAAGAUUGUCACAUUGACAUGGUUUCAUGAAGUGAUUGCCACUCCUGCAUAUUAUCGAUCCCUAUUAUCACGGGCCAUCAAUCAAAUGGGGUCGUUGUACAUCGACCCACUUGAAACCGAUUAUAAAUAUAGGUCCCUAACGUUUAUCAAGUCACCAUCACCUGCUACGAGGAGUCUUAUGAGCUACUGAAGCCGUCGCAUUGGUCGUCAAACAUUCGGCUCAGUUCUUAAAGACAAAACCAUGAGGGCAGUCCUUCUGGUGCCGUUCCUUUUGGCCGCCGUGGUGGCGGCUCCUGCCUCCGAUGGUGAAGAGCAAUGCGACCCGGCAAAGUGCAGGGGAAGCGAGAACUGCAUGUGCGCCAGCAUCAAGCCUCCCAAUAGCAUGGAGGCCAAGGACAUGCCCCAGCUGGUCAUGCUCGCCUUCGAAGGUGCCGUGAACGUCGUGAACAUGGCCUUCUACCGUGAGCUCAUGGACACCCCCGAGAGGAAGAACAAGCAGAGCGGGUGCAGGAUCGGAACCACCUUUUUCGUGAAUCACGAGUACCUCGACUACUCGGCCGUGCACGAGCUCCACAACAGGGGAAGCGAAAUCGCACUGAGAUCAAUCACACUUAACGGCACCAUGGCUUACUGGACGGACCUCGACACCGACGGCUGGAAAGCCGAGAUCGUCGGCGAGCGCGACCUGCUGGCCACCCAAGCCAUAAUCCCGGCUUCGGACAUCUACGGCAUGCAGGCUCCCCUCCUGACCACCGGCGGCGACAAUAGCUUCAAGAUGAUCAAGGACGCGGGACUCCUUUACGACGCAUCUAUCCCGCACAACCGCGUGAAAGACAGUGGCAGGAUCAUGUUCCCGUACACGCUCGACUAUGGGCUCCAGACCCCUUGCGUCAUCGAGCCCUGCCCCGAGGACAAGUACCCUGGAGUGUGGGCCAUCCCUCUGAACGUGUGGUUUAAGGAAAACCAGAUCGAACACCUGAAGAUGGACUUCCCCUGCUCGACCAUCGACAGCUGCACCCCGCCGCCUGCGUCGGCGGACGAAGCGUACGAGUUCCUCAUGGCCAACUUCAAGGAGUUCUACGAGAACAACAAGGCACCGUUCCCGAUGUUCCUGCACGAGGGCUGGCUUCGAGAAGGCGACAGGAAGGCAGGGUUCCUCAGGUUCAUCGACUGGCUUUUGGCCCAGGACGACGUCUUCCUGGUCACCGUCAAAGAGGUCAUCGAGUUCAUGAAAAACCCCAAACCCACCAAGUCUUACAAGGAGUCGCGGUGCGUGACCGAAGUCAAGCCAAGUGACAAGUGCAAGGAGCCCGAGACCUGCGUCUACCCCAGGGUCAAGAUCGGUUACAACAUCGGUGACCGGGUGAUGCGAAGUUGCGUCAACUGCACUCAGGAAUACCCGUGGGUCAGAGCCACUGAGCCUGUGUGACUCCCCGAUCGUCCCCUUGCUCAUUUCUCUCAGCGUUGAUGUUCGCCGCUAAUUUAUGACGCUUUCGCUCGCUUCUCAAAUAAACAAGUUCAAAACUGC